CCCCCUCCCCCUCCCCCUCCCCCCCCUCUUCCUCACCCAACAUGACCGACUCUGCUGCUGCCCCCGCUGCCGCUCCGGCCAUCUCCAAGAAGCAGGCCAAGGCCGCUGCCGCUGCCGCGGCCGCCGCCUCCGGCAAGAACGCCCCGCACCCGGUUUUCGGCGGCCCGAUCGCCUCGCCCAACACCUGGAUCACCUUCUCCGUGCGCCACUUCUUCGCCUAUGACGAGAAGACUGCCGAGGAGCUGAAGGACAUCGUCGAGGCCAUCGAGGCCCAUCUUGGUGCCGAUGGCUUUGUCAUGGGCGCCGAGGCCAAGCUCGGUGACAACGUCAUGUUCGAGUGCCUGAACCGCAACCCCAAGUUCGUGGAGAGCGUCAGCCAGGCCGACUUUGCCUACCCCAACCUGGCCAAGUGGUUCGCCUUCAUGAAGGAGCAGCCCACCAACCCCGCGGCCACCAAGGUCAUUGAUCGGACCGUGUCGCUGCAGCAGCAGCGCGAGACCGCCAAGCAGCAGGCCUCCGCCAGCGGCGAGACCGCCUCCAAGGACCAGGGGUCCUUCGAGGUUGGCCUGCCGAAUGUCGAGGCCGGUGUUGUGACCCGCUUCCCGCCUGAGCCCUCCGGCUACCUGCACAUUGGUCACACCAAGGCCGCCCUGCUGAAUGAGUACUUCGCCCGGCGCUACAAUGGCCGGCUGAUUGUCCGCUUCGACGACACCAACCCCUCCAAGGAGAAGGCCGAGUUCGAGGAGGCCAUUCUCCACGACCUGGAGCUGCUGAAGAUCAAGCCCGACACCGUCACCUGGACUUCCGAUUCCUUCGAGAUGCUGGAGACCUACUGCGUCCGCAUGAUCGAGGAGGGCCAUGCCUACGUCGAUGACACCGUCCAGGAGGUCAUGCGCCAGCAGCGCAUGGACGGCGUGGCUUCCGCCUGCCGCGACCAGUCGGUCGAGGAGAACCUCCGCCGCUGGGAGGAGAUGAAGAAGGCCACCGACUUCGGUAAGACCUGCUGCGUUCGCGCCAAGAUGUCGGUUGACGCCCUGAACAAGGCCCUGCGCGACCCGGUCAUCUACCGUGUGAACGAGGUUCCUCACGCCCGUACCGGCACCAAGUACAAGGUCUACCCCACCUACGACUUCGCCUGCCCGAUCGUCGACUCCUACGAGGGGGUCACCCAUGCUCUGCGUACCAAUGAGUACCGCGAUCGCAACGACCAGUACUACUGGUUCAUCGACACCCUGAAGCUGCGCAAGCCCUUCAUCUGGGACUACAGCCGCAUGAACUUCAUCCACACCCUGCUGUCCAAGCGCAAGCUCGCCUGGUUUGUGGACAACGGUGUUGUUCCCGGCUGGGAUGAUCCCCGCUUCCCGACCGUCCGUGGUAUCCUCCGUCGCGGCCUCACUGUCGAGACUCUCAAGGAGUACAUCCUCAUGCAGGGCGCCUCCAAGAACAUCCUCCUGCUGGAGUGGAACAAGCUGUGGGCCCUCAACAAGAAGGCCAUCGACCCGGUGGCUCCGCGCUUCACUGCCAUCAAUGUGGACGGUGCCGUGCCGCUGACCGUCCGUGGUCUGGACGCCGUGCCGGCCGUGCGCGACAUCCCCAAGCACAAGAAGAACCCCGACGUCGGGACCAAGAAGCUGUUUGUCAGCUCGAAUCUCCUGCUGGAGAGCGUCGACGCGGCCUCCCUCGUCGAGGGCGAGGAGGUCACCCUCAUGGACCUGGGCAAUGUCAUCAUCAAGUCCAUCACCAAGGACGACGCUGGUGUCAUCACCGCCAUGGAGGGCGACUUCAACCCGGAGGGCGACUUCAAGAAGACCAAGAAGCUCACCUGGCUGUCCAAGGACAGCCCUCUGGCCACGGUCCAGCUCCAGGAGUUUGGCUACCUCAUUACCAAGCCCAAGCUUGAGGACGAGGACAACUUCGAGGACUUCGUCAACCACGACUCCGUGUCCACGGUGUCUGCCUUCGCCAACGCCGAGAACAUCGCCGACCUGAAGGUCGGGGACAUCAUCCAGUUUGAGCGUAAGGCCAACUUCAUCGUGGACAAGGCGUCCGACGGUGAGUUUGUCUUCAUCCUCAUCCCUGACGGCCGCAUGGAGAAGUAAGAUGUCGGUGCUUGUGGGGGGGGGGGGGGUAAGGGG